AUGAGUGGUUUUUCCGGUGAUCCACACCAUCAUUGGGACAACGCUAACGGUCACAUGGAGCCCCCAUUUCCACCGGAAGUAUCACCGUUUACCCCGAUUUGGGGUCAGGAGAACCCAUCGCCUAUGGUGCACUAUCCUGAGUUGAUGGCCGCCGGAUUUCCUUGUGCCGAUUUAGCCAUUUGGCCUCGGCAGCAAGUGGGCAGUUUUGUGGCCCAACGACUUUCACCCCGAGCCGCUCAAUCAGGAUCACAGUCAACGACCAAAAAGACUCGCCGUCGGGUGGCCUCUAUGGCGCAGCGACGGGCUGCCAACAUUCGUGAACGACGGCGAAUGUUUAACCUGAACGAGGCUUUCGACAAACUGCGAAGAAAGGUACCAACGUUUGCGUACGAGAAACGUUUGUCACGUAUCGAAACAUUGCGAUUAGCAAUAACCUACAUCGGCUUCAUGUCGGAACUGUUGAAUGGAACUCCCACUCAUGACGGUCGUUCUCCAGAAUUGUAUCCGACUCUCGUUCAUCCGCAUCAUACCAAUCACAUUCAUCCUUCAUUUCAUCAGCGAGAAUACAUAUCUCCGUACAGUACUCAUACAGGCUGA